GCUUCAGGUGACGCUCUUUGUGUAUAACAAGAUUUGAGCCAGAUAUUGCGUAUGGCAGCAUCUUCCUCCUCCUCCUCAGCCGGAGGGGUCAGUGCCAGCUCAGUGACCGGAUCCGGCUUCAGCGCGUCUGAGCUGAUCCCACCAAGAAAAGUUCUGUACACAUAUCCGAAAGGAGCCGGAGAAAUGAUGGAGGAUGGAUCCGAUCGGUUUUUAUGUGAGUCUGUGUUCAGCUAUCAAGUUGCAUCCACACUGAAGCAGGUUAAACAUGAUCAGCAGGUGUCCCGGAUGGAGCGUCUGGCUGGACUGGUGGAGCAGUUGGAAGCGGAUGAGUGGAAAUAUAAACCCAUCGAGCAGCUCCUGGGAUUCACCACCUCAUAACUGCUCAUCUGCACAUGCCUUACAUUCAUAUCUUUAUUUAGCUUCUUUCUGUUUGUAAACAUGUUCAGAAAGCUGUUUUGCACUGGUAUUUGCACUGCUAUACAAAUGUGGAAUUAUGCAUUUGUUUUACUAUUAAAGCCUCAUUUAAUGUAAAUCUUUAGUCGUAUUCAUUUUAGCAUACAGUUGUGCUCAAGAGUCUGUAUACCCUUAGUUCUUAAUACUGUGUAUUGCCCCCUUUAGCAUCAAUGACAGUGUGCAGUCUUUUGUAAUAGUUGUCUAUGAGGCCCCAAAUUCUUGCAGGUGGUAUAACUGCCCAUUCGUCUUGGCAAAAUGCCUCCAGGUCAUGCAAAGUCUUUGGUCGUAUUGCAUGAACCGCACAUUUGAGAUCUCCCCAGAGUGGCUCGAUGAUAUUAAGGUCAGGAGACUGUGAUGGCCACUCCAGAACCUUCACCUUUUUCUGCUGUAACCACUGGAGGGUCAACUUGGCCUUGUGCUUAGGGUCAUUGUCGUGCUGGAAAGUCCAAGAGCGUCCCAUGUGCAGCUUUCGUGCAGAAGAAUGCAAAUUGUCUGCCAGUAUUUUCUGAUAACAUGCUGCAUUCAUCUUGCCAUUAAUUUUCACAAGAUUCCCCGUGCCUUUAGAUCUCACACACCCCCAAAACAUCAGUGAUCCACCACCAUGCUUCACAGUGGGGAUGGUAUUCUUUUCACUAUAGGCCUUGUUGACCCCUCUCCAAACAUAGCACUUAUGGUUGUGACCAUAAAGCUUUAUUUUGGUCUCGUCACUCCAAAUUACAGUGUGCCAGAAGCUGUGAGGCGUGUCAAGGUGUUGUCGGGCAUAUUGUUACCGGGAUUUUUUUGUGGCAUUGGUGCAGUAAAGGCUUCUUUCUGGCAACUCGACCAUGCAGCUCAUUUUUGUUCAAGUAUCGUCGUAUUGUGCUCCUUGAAACAACCACACCGUCUUUUUCCAGAGCAGCCUGUAUUUCUCCUUAGGUUACCUGUGGGGUUUUCUUUGUAUCCUGAACAAUUCUUCUGGCAGUUGUGGCUGAAAUCUUUCUUGGUCUACCUGACCUUGGCUUGGUAUCAAGAGAUACCAAGAAGAUCAAGAAGAAAGCCACAGGUGUGGGAAAUUAACCUUUAAUUGCCAUUUAAACCUGUGUGUGUCACCUUGUGUGUCUGUAACAAGACCAAACAUUCAAGGGUAUGUAAACUUUUGAUCAGGGCCAUUUGGGUGAUUUCUGUUAUCAUUAUGAUUUAAAAAGGAGCCAAACAACUAUGUGAUAAUAAAUGGUUUCAUAUGAUCACUAUCCUUAAAUAAACAAUUCACAAUUUCUGCCAGGGUAUGCAAACGUUUGAGCACAACGGUAUAUUAGCUCUGAGUACAUGGACAGUUUUGAUUAUUGCAUGAAUUAAUGUAAAACUUUUAGUGCACGUUUAAAUUUAUUUUAUUUACAUUUCCCGAACAUUUAAAGUCAACAUGAAAUCAAAGUACUUUCUUAAUGCAUGUUCCUGGUCUUCAAGUCAUAAAUGCAUAAUAUUCCAAAUAAAAGAAAAAAAUGUUUGUCUUAAUUGUUGAGUUAAAACAAUUUCCUUUUCAUCUGAUUCCAUCGAGCCAUUUUAUUUCACUCCAGAGACUACUUUUUUACCAUCCAAAAUCAAGUUGCCGCUCUACAUUGCUUUUCUCAUUGAAUAUCCUGUUGCACUCAUAUAUGGGGGUUUCUUCAGCUUCAGCCUGUUUUAUGCCCUAGGGUUUGAACAGACAAACAGAUUUCAUCAUUGUUCUUUUUGUGAUAUGAAGGUCUCAUUAAAAACAACUUUUCAAAUGUC